GUUACGCAACAUCAUCCGUUGAUACUGCAUCCCUAAUUCUACAAUUUACAAAAUUGUUCUAGAAUUUGACAAGACAAUAAUGCGCUAUUAUUUUGAUGUUUUUAAAUUGCUCAGUUUUUCGAUGAAUUUUAUUCCUCCACAUUAUACAGCCUUGCAGGAAAGACCGACCAAAUAGUUUGUGGUCGUGUGAGACCUAACACGUGACUGUUUCAUGACAUUAUAAUAUCAAUGACGGCUAUACGUCGAUUACAUAGUGCGAGAGUUCAAGACAUUGACUAGCUUUAGAGUGACCGUUUCACAAGACCAGUUAACAUUUACUUAAAAACAACAUUUUGCAUUGGAGGAAGCAAGGACUUGAGACGUGAAUUUUUUCGAUCUUGAACGCCGAAAAAAUACGCCAAGUACUAGUUGCUGCCAUGAUGACGGAAUUGACCUAGUUUUAUCUUCUCAGGACAGGGAUUAAAAAGACCACAGCAUGGAGUUCUGUGUUAUGGACAUGGGCCUCCAUGGCCUGACGAGUAACAUCGGGGCCCUGGUCGGGGAGGACUUCUACGAGGUGGCAGACAGUUGUGAAGAGGCUUUGGAGGAACUGAGUACAAAGCUAGACGAAGAUGAUGUCUGUACCCUGCAUGUUCGUAGGCAACUGGCAAUUGGCCAGAUUAUACAAAAGGAUCUAGUGCCGAUUAUCAAAUAUGUGAAGACAGAUCCUAUGAUUAUAGCUGAUGCAAUUAAGGUGUUUGCCAAAGUGUCGAUGCCCCUGGAAACACUGGAGAGCCCUGUGAUCAUGGGUCUGAGGUCCACCGCCCAGGUCCACCAGGAAAUGCAGGGGCUUCUGGCCGAGGCGAAGAAAGUACUGGCAGAUGAAAAAUUGGCCGAGUCAAUACUGGAGGAAAUGAGAACUGUCCUGGACGAGGAGACCACCCUGAGUACCCAAGGAAGAGACUUGAUAUACUGGAGUCUUAUCCUACUGCGCAAUGUGCUCAGCAUCCAGGUGUCUGAUAUGGUGGACCCAGGGCGAAUAAUUGUAAUGAAUCUUCUGGACAAAGGCUUUGCAGGCUUGUUCACAGACCUGGUGAAUUUACCUGGAAAUAAGGAGCUGGCUAUUCCGUUGGUCCAGGUGCUUUACCAGAUAUACAGUGGACAGCACACAACCUCCCUGCCUGAGGCAGUGGCAGGGCUUUCCCUGGAGGAUAACAGCUGUGGUGCCCCCAGGAAAUUGGUUAACAGGGACCAGGAAUUUAGAGAGAAGUUACAAGCAUUUACUAUGGAAUUUGUUGCUAAAGGAAUGGGAACUCUGAUCCAAAAGUUGCAGAGGGAUAUAUAG